AUGAGUGUGUUGUGCUCUGACUCGUCAUCUGCAGCACCCGACCCACCGACGCGCGAGGCGGUGCAGCGCCAAGAGGUAGAAGACCAGCGCCGAGAAACAGCUCCGACGGAAGCCACCAGAUACGCACCAUCCGCAGCGGCUGACGACGGAGAACUCGAUGUGGCUGCGGUAGGCUCCCCCUCUGAAGUCCCUGACCUCAGCGGUAACACUCACCCCGUCUCCACCUCUGACGGCGUUGCAGCGGUGUCCUCCGUAAGCGCGUCGUCUCCGCUGUUCACCUCUUUAUCGCUGUCCAACCACGCAGCUAGCCUACACACGUCAGCGCGACCUCGCGGGCCUCCCAUGCGCACGGCCACAAUGGAAACCCCGUCGCGCCUGUCCCUUCCUCCGUACUACCACACCGCUAGAAGUCUCAGCAAUGAGUACCGUCGCCCUCCUCCGCCGGCGUCCGAGUCUUAUGUGAGCAUCAGACUCUCCCCACCACCACCUGACCCCAGCGGGGCGUAUUUCUGUCAACAUCAGCCAUCGCCGCCGCCCCCUGCCUUCGCGGACAGGGGCGACGCGCCUGUGUUCUUUUCGGUGCAUGGGAGUGCGCCGUGGUCAACAGCCGCGCCGAUCACCGGAGGCGGUUUCUCCGCCGUCGCCGCCAGUGGCAACAGCACAUGCACUUACGAACACCCUGAAUGGCGACCACAGCUACACUCGCAGCGGCUAUUCUUUUUUGGCCCGGAAAGGACCAGCGACGCCUGGUGUACGCACCCUGUACUGACUCUCGACAUCGUCGGCGGUAGUUAUAGUGAACUGGCCUACUCGUACACCGAGCCGAAUGCGACCCCCGCCGACGCCGCGACGGCAUCCGCUAUGCUCUCUGUCAGCAGCAGCUUUUACAACACUCCCCUCGGCCAAGUCAACGGAACAAGCUCGGUCUUGGGUGGUAUCCCAACACCGCCAGUGCUCACCUGCGUCGCCGUCUUUUCCGGUGGCGAGCAGGAAGUGUUCUGGCGCCAUGCAUGCCUUCGCGUGACGUGCGUACCCCUGACCAGCACCUCGGGACGACACCACGAGGCAGCAGGAGAGGCAUCAUGCAACGCGCAACCAGCGGUGAGCCUCGAAGAGAUGAGAGACGGCGCCUGCAGCAGCAGUUGUAGCGACAGCCACAAGACGGGCUGCGCCAGUGGAAAGAAAUUUGAUGAGCUCGUGUGGCGCUGGCUCGACACACUCGACAUGACUGACGCCGUCGAAGACGUCCUCUCCCCCGGCGCGGGUCGCGUGUUGGUUGUGUGGACGGCGGGUGUCAUGUACGAGCAAGAGAGUAGAGGAGGGGGCGCUGGCAAUGACGCACGGAAGUCGUCGGCAGCAGGAGCGCGCCUGGCGAGGCGGCUCGGUAUCAGAGAUGGUGGUGGAGAGGGCCGCGAAAGCGUCGUCCCUGGUGCACCGCGCGAGGUUGUCUUUGACGGAAUGCGUCUGCUGCUCGACUGA